UGGCGAUAGCGGUGCUAAAGCAAUACGCAUUAUGAAACGUGAGCCUCGCGAGAGAUGGCGAAAUACUUUGCGGCUACCGGAAUACCAACCGUGGACUUGGGCGUUAAAGGUGGAACAGAAAUUGGGGACCUGCAUGAACUAGGGCGACUGGCUAGAGAAAUCGGCUCCGCCUUCUGUAGUAACGGGUGUGCCUUCCUGAUCAACCACGGCAUUGAUGAGGACAUGUUGAGUGAGGUGAUUGCAGCUAAAAAGGAGUUCUUUGCUCUGAAGGAAGACGUGAAGAUGCAAUAUUUAAGCCUUCCUGGGACGCUGUUCGGCUACCUUCCCUUUAACAUGGCGCGGUACGACCAGAAUACCCACGAUAUCCACGAAGGAUUCAUCAUCGUAUCUGAAGAAGAGGACAACCUGCCUAGCGGUCUUGUUCCUCCUCUGUUGCCAGCCGUCACAAAGGCCAUGUCAUCGUUUCGUACCCUCUCGUUCAAGAUCAUGAGCGCACUUUCACUGGCUAUUGGGCAAGAACAAGACUACCUGACAAAGAUGCAUCAGGAAUUCGUUGCUAAAAAAGGUUUCAGCUGCUUGAGGGUCAACCAUUUCCCACCAAUGACAAGCGAUCAGCCGCCCAAUGCAAUACGCUUCGGGGCUCACAGAGAUAACGGCACCAUUACUCUCCUGGCGACAGGCGAUGAAGGAGGCCUUCAGGUCUGCAGUGCUGACGGUGCGUGGAUAGACGUACCGCCCAACAACCUGCUGCUGAUGGCCGGCCAGUUCCUUCACUUCUACUCGCAUAAGAAAUUCAUCGCGCCGCUUCACCGCGUCUUACUGCCAGAAAAGGUUCGUUAUGGAAUUCCUCGGUUCUCUGUGAUUUUCUUCGUUUGCCCAGACACUCACAUCCCACUGAAGCCGCCAUGCUCUGAUGAACCUGACCCUCCCACAUGGAUGGAUUAUUACUCCGCCCAAGUGAAAGGUGUUCUUGCGUAAAAGUAUCAUGAAAUAGAGUAGCCAGCUUGGUAAACUAAUUCAUAUAUAUAUAUAUAUAUAUAUAUAUAUAUAUAUAUAUAUAUAUAUAUAUAUAUAUAUAUAUAUAUAUAUAUAUAUAUAUAUAUAUAUAUAUAUAAGUUCCAGGAUUUUCUUUCAAUGUGGGAUAUUUUUUUCACUGUUACAUUAGACGGACUUGAGUGAUUGAUUAGUUGUAAUAUGUUUACAAAAUUAAAAUUAUCAAGGUAAUCUCUCUCUCUCUCUCUCUCUCUCUCUCUCUCUCUCUUAGAUUUUGCAGUGGAGUAAAACAAUUUGUUUUGUUAUCAUAUCCGUUAGGUAAGUUCACAUAAAUGGUGGCGGUUCUCUUUUUUUUUUAUAAUGUACUCCACAUAUUAUACUAUUACUGAAAUGUUAAAUAAAGGUCAGUGUCUAUUUUAUGAUAUGUAUCUGUAAACAUAUAAAUAUAACUUGAAAUCUGGA